AAGGUGCAACAGAAAGUGUUCUCUCAAUGCUAAUUUUAGGCCGACUGCUUCCUUAACACAGACAGAAUCCCCUGGGCGGCCUUUUGAGGAAAGGGUCGAGGGUUUGUAUGCUCAGACCACCCUAGAUGACUGUCCUCCCGUACGUCCCCUGCUGGACCAGUGCCUGCUUCAUCUGCACCCUACUCACAGAACUGACCUUCCUACAAACUUACCCAAGGCCCAGCUGAUGAUUGUUUCCAAUAGCUCAUCAAAAGGGCGGUAAGGGGCGUGCCCCUCUGCUGGUUUCCCGGGUAACUGAUGAGCCGACCUUAAGUCAUUUCCACCUGUAACUGGUUACCUAGCCUCCAGAGCGAAGCCUGCCGCCAUGUCCUGUUGUGUCUGCUGCACAUAGUAAUGAGUUGCUCCAGGACCUUGCUUCAGACAUACGUAACCAGAUUGUCAGUGCUCAGGAUAGACAAUCCAUGGGCGCCAAGAACAACGUGACUGAGUUCGUCUUGCUCGGCCUUUUCCGGAGCUGGGAGAUGCAGCGUGCCUGCUUCCUGGUCUUCUCUCUCUUCCACGUGCUCACGGUCCUGGGGAACCUUCUGGUCAUCAUCACCAUCAACGCCAGCAAGACCCUGCAUGCUCCCAUGUACUUCUUCCUCUGCCACUUGUCCUUUGCCGACAUGUGCUAUCCAUCCGCUACCACACCCAAGAUGAUUGCUGACACUUUGGUGGAGCGCAAGACCAUCUCCUUCGAGGGCUGCAUGACCCAGCUCUUUUCUGCCCACUUUUUUGGUGGCACCGAGAUCUUCCUCCUCACGGCCAUGGCCUAUGACCGCUAUGUGGCCAUCUGUCGGCCCCUGCACUACGCGACCAUCAUGGGCCGCCGGAAGUGCAGCCUUCUGGCGGGGGCCUCCUGGGUGGCUGGCUUCCUGCAUUCCAUCCUGCAGACGCUCCUCACAGUCCAGCUGCCCUUCUGUGGGCCCAACGAGAUCGACAGCUUCUUCUGUGACGUCCAUCCCCUGCUGAAGCUGGCCUGUGCGGACACCUACGUGGUGGGGCUCAUCGUGGUGGCCAACAGCGGCAUGAUUUCUUUAGUGUCCUUCGUCAUCCUUAUCAUCUCCUAUGUGGUCAUCCUACUGAACCUGAGAAGCCGGUCUUCUGAGAGCCGGCGCAAGGCUCUGUCCACGUGCGGCUCACAUAUCAUCACUGUGCUUCUGGUCCUGGUGCCCCCCAUGUUCAUGUACAUUCGACCCUCCACCACCCUGGCCGCUGACAAACUCGUCAUCCUCUUUAACAUCGUCAUGCCACCUUUGCUGAACCCUCUGAUCUACACGUUGAGGAACAGUGAGAUCACCCAUUGAAAUUCCUGCCUUCUGGUGGUGAUUUCAUGGCUAACGCACAGAAUGUGACGGAAUUCACUUUCCUGGGACUUUUUUCCAA